AUGACCUCUACGCAAGUGGUCUCAGAUUCAUUGACUGAAACUCCUAAGAGCAGCAGAAAUCCACCACUUCCUUCUGAAGAAAUCCAUCUGCCUGGACCUCAUCCGGCCCGUGGAAUCUACGGAUUUGCUUUAUAUAUUGUCUCCUGGAGUCUGCUUGUCGUCUACUUGAUUUGGGCGAUCACUCCAGUCCCGAUUUUGAAUCGAUUGGGAAUCACCUACAUUCCAUCCAAACUUUGGGCUCUUGCUAUUGGAGCAUUCUUCCCGUCAGCCGCCUGUCUCUACGUCACAAUCAUCUUUCUGAUCAACUGCUGGAACUUUAGAGGAUACAAAGGCGGAAAGAUGUUAAAGUCAUUCAACCCAAACUAUUUACGAGUGCUAACUAGAACCUACAGUACUACCCGACAGGAAAUUCAGAAAACAUUGAAUGAUGUGAAAAAGUUCAAAAUCAAUCGAUCUGCACAAGUUGGAGAGAUUCACAAAAGAUGGGCGGAGCUUGAAAGAGAGCAAAUGAACUCGAUCGCAGAGAACAAGGAAGCGGGUCGAUAUUCAACGGAAUCAAUGCUGGGUGAGAAGAUGUUGAGUCAGGAGCCAAUGUAUCAGAAGAUUCUCGAAAAGAGAUCUCCCAAAAUUGAGAAAUCCAUCGAGUCAGAAAAAUCUGUCACAUUUCCACUUCAAUCAAUAAGAAUGGAUCAGUCUUCAACAUCUUCUGAUUCCUAUGGCUUUAACCAAUCAGCCAAGCAAUCAACAAGUUCCGAUGAAGACCGUGGAUUCUACGUAGAAGCCGACGUCUUCGUAGAUGAGUAUGUUGCUGGAAGCUCAUUGGACCUGGAUCCGGGAGAUCGGAUGGUGGCGACCAGAGAGUAUUACGGUAGUGAUGACGCGGUGGAACGGAUCUCUUUUCAAAAUCCAGGACAAAGAAUGGCAGGUGUUGAAGAGAAUGAACAGAAAGGAUUCUCAGACAAUCUAGAUGAGCAUGAACCAUCCACAUUGACAGGAACUAUCAUUGAAGAUAUGCCAGCUAGCGCCAAAAAGUGCUCAGGAUGUGGUGCCAAUUUUCACUGUAAAGAUAGCUCACUCCCUGGAUUCGUUCCAUUGGAAAUCUUGGAGAAAAUUGAUAGAAAGUCUAGUUAUCAUCAGAAAACGGAGGCGCAAUCACUCUGUAAACGAUGUCAUUUACUCCAAGAACACAAUUUUCUACUGAAUGUAAACGUAUGUGAUGUGGACUAUGGUCGAAUGAUGAGCGAAUUGAAAAAACAACCGGAAUCUCUUGUGGUCCUUGUCGUCGAUGUCACUGACUUGCCUGGAAGUAUUUAUCCAAAACUUGCGCAAAUCGUGGGAGCCAGAAGACCUAUGAUUGUUGUUGGUAAUAAAGUGGACCUUCUGCCUCCAGAUGCCAAAACUGGAUACAUGUGGCGAUUCAAAAAGACUGUCGAACGAGCUGUGGAGAAAGCUGGUCUUCUGGAACACUUCAACAUUCUCCACACCGCACUUGUCAGUGCGAAAACUGGUUAUGGAAUCGAGGAACUAAUCACUGAAAUUUAUCUAAAAUAUACAAAUGUGAAGUUGGGAAUGAGAGGAGAUAUCUUUCUGGUUGGUUGUACAAACGCUGGAAAAUCAACAAUGUUCAAUGCUCUUCUACAAUCAGACUUAUGUAAAGUGAGAGCUGUGGAUCUUGUGGACCGGGCUACAACAAGUAUUUGGCCAGGAACAACGAUCUCUCUCCUCAAGUUUCCUGUAAUGAAGCCAGGACCAUAUCGUCUUGAGAUGCGACGUCGUCGUCUUCUGACACAUCGAGCUUGGACCAAAAAAGAGAUGUAUGCCAGGAAACUUCUUCUUGCUGAAACCGGAGACGAUCGAUAUGCGAUUCCUACGUCUGUAAUCCAAAACACCUAUAAGGAUUCAGAAGAAGAGUUACAACCGAUGGCUUUGAGAGAAUUGCAAGGAGAAGAAGACGAUCCGGAAGCUGACAGAAAAAGCGAGGAGAACAGAAAAUAUUCGUUAGAUGAUCCGAUUUUUGCAAAAGGAAAAUGGUGUUAUGACACUCCUGGAACAGUCAACGAGAAUCAGGUUCUAUCACUUUUUACACUUGACGAACUGGUCAAUGUCACUCCUCGAAGGGUUCUGAAACCCCGUACAUGUCUCGUAAAAGCUGGAGAAUCCCUACUGAUCGGUGGAGUUGGUCGAAUCGAUAUCGAAUCAAUAGCAGGAUAUUCAAACGUUCUUCUAACAACAUUUACAAAUGACCAACUACCUCUCAAUGUGAUGCCAACUCAUGAAGUUGAAGAGUUUUAUCGUAAAUGGCUUGGUACUGCUGCUCUAGUGGUUCCUCAAGGAGAUGUAACAAGAAUGGCUUCGUGGCCAGGGCUGGAGAGUGGUAGAAGAUUUGAUAUGAAAGGGCGGAGAGAUGAGGGAUGUUGUGAUAUCGUUCUAUCCUCUAUUGGAUGGGUUAUGGUAACUUCUGAAAAAGACGUUGCGUUGAAUGCAUUUGCACCUGCUAACAAGGGAAUCACCGCUCGUGUGCAACCGAUUCUACCGUAUUCCGCAUCGCUACGAGGCAAACGACUUCCUGGAAGUCAAUUCUAUAAAGUUCAGCCGAUUGAAUUCCCGGUGAAUGUGAGAAGAAAGCGGGCAGAAGCUAGAAAACGUGCGGAGAAGAAGAAAGAAAGAGACGAGUUGCAUAAUUUAUAG